AUGAGUACAUCUAGUGUUUCGAAUUUGGUGACUUUUGGAGUGGCUGCCUUUCCUCCUCCGGGACCUCUCCCCACUUCCUUUCAGUUUCAUCAUCAAGGAUCAAAUUUUGCAGUGUUUUUAAUUUUAUUCGCACUAUGCAUGAUGGAGGUGGUGGUCCUGAGGAUUAUCACUGAGGAGCAGGCAAGAGAACAAGGUUCAAGAAGUGUAACAUCGAUGUGGUUUGACUUAGACGAUGAGUGA